GAGCAGUGAAGCCUCAGGCAGGAGGAAACCGGUCGGACAGGUGAGAUCCCUCCGCCAGGCGAAGGCCUACAAAAGGCAGCGCUCCAGAGACAGGCAGUGAUUUCUCACGUGGAUCCUACAGCAGUAUCUCACCAUGUUUCACCUGCUGCUGCUGGCCGGCGUGGUUCUGGGGGGGUACAUCUUCCUCACGCAGACUCUCUUCAAAAGGUCCAAAUGUAAAGGAAAGGCAGCGAUGGCUGGCAAGACCGUCAUCAUCACAGGCGGGAACACCGGCAUCGGUAAAGCCACGGCUCUGCACCUGGCCAGGAAGGGGGCCAAAGUGAUCCUCGCCUGCCGAAACCGGGACAAGGCCCAGGGCGCCAUCGCAGAAAUACAACAGGAGACAGGAAGUACUGACGUGUACUACAUGCAGUUGGACCUGGCCAGCAUGAAGUCCGUCCGAAGCUUCACAGAAACGUUCCUGAAGACCGAGUCCAGACUAGAUCUGCUCAUUAACAAUGCUGGUCUGGUGGGGGACGGGCGGACCGAAGACGGGUUUGGGAUCCAGUUCGGUGUGAACCACCUGGGACACUUCCUGUUGUCUCACCUGCUGCUGGGACGCCUGAAGGAGGCUGGGGGGGGCCGGGUGGUCACUCUGUCCUCCAUGGCUCACCGCUGGGGAAACAUCAACCUAGAGGCUCUUGCGGUGGACAAACACCUGGGCACCGGCAAAUACAGCUGGCAGUUCUUCUACGCGUACUGCAACAGUAAGCUGUGCAACGUGCUCUUCACCCACGAGCUCGCCAAGAGGCUGAAGGGAACCAACGUCACCUGCUACAGCGUCCACCCAGGUGUGGUUCGCACUGAGCUGUCCCGUCACGUCAGUCUGUGGCAGAAGGUUUUCAUCGAGCCCAUCGCCCGGCUGCUGUUCCUGGACCCGGAGGCCGGAGCUCAGACCACGCUGCACUGCUGCCUGCAGGAGGGGAUCGAACCUCUGAGCGGGCGUUACUUUGCCUGCUGCGCCGUGCAGGAAGGGUGCGCCAAGGCCCGGGACGACGCCAUGGCCCGGAAACUGUGGGAGGUCAGCGAGAGGCUCUGCGGACUCUCUUAAAACAAGCAUCAUCUGCCGAAAAUGGAUUGUUAAGUCCAGGAGGGAUCCGUGUUCCCUCUGUUAACAAACUGUUCACUCUGUCUGAUUAUCCCACCCUGAUUCUACUUCCCCAGCUCAGUUAUUAGUUCUGUGUGUACAUGCGUCUCUUUCCCAGAGUUUGUCUGGGCGUUGAUGUUUACCGUGGUUCUACCUUUAAUGAUUCAUCCCCGUCUCUCUCUACCACGCAUCCCGUCGGCUGGUUUAUUCCUCGUGGAUUUGCUGCCUGUUUCCUUCGUGCCGUGUCUACUUUAGUUGUGCUGUUUAUCUUUGGUUUAGUUUUACCUUGCCUGCUCUCUUAGUUUCUUGUUUACCUGUGUUGUGUUUUAGCUUUAUGCUUAAUAAAGCUCUCCUUUUGUUAUUUAAAAAAAUAAAACUGUUAUUCAAG